AUGCCAGUUGAAGAAUUAGAAGACAAAGUCAUCAUAACUGAUACCCAAGAUGCCAGCACCAAAUUAACCAUUUUGAAAUACGGAGCCACAGUCAUUUCAUGGCAACAUCAUGGUGAAGAGAAAUUAUGGCUCUCCAAAGCCGCCAAAUUAGACGGAUCCAAACCAGUCAGAGGUGGUAUCCCCUUGGUGUUUCCCGUUUUCGGUAAACAAAAAGAUGUUAAUCAUCCAACGGCAAAAUUACCCCAACAUGGUUUUGCUAGAAAUAAUACUUGGGAGUUUUUAGGUCAAACUACUGAAUCUCCACCCACGGUUCAAUUUGGAUUAGGACCAGAACAAUUGGACCAAGACACAAGAUCUAAAUGGCCCUAUGAUUUCACAUUGAUCUUGACCGUAUCCAUCGCUGGAGAUAAAUUGAUUGAGAAAAUUGAAGUUGAAAACACAGGAUCGCAACCAUUUGAAUUCAAUUGGUUAUUCCACACAUAUUACCACGUUGAAGAUAUAACUGAUGUUUUAGUCAACAAUUUAGUUGAUGUACCAGUGUUUGAUCAAUUGAUUGCUGAGCAAUACACUGAAAAGGCACCAGCAAUUUCAUUUCAUGAAGAAUUUGAUCGUAUUUACAAAAAUGUAAAUCAGCAUCGUAUAAUUCAAAUAAUUGACAAGGGUAAAGUAUUGUUCAAUUUGCAUCGUACCAAUUUACAAGAUUCAGUUGUAUGGAACCCAUGGUUGAAGAAAGCUGAAGGUAUGGGUGAUUUUGAACCGAAAUUGGGGUUCCAUAAUAUGGUUUGUGUUGAACCGGGUCAUGUUAGUUCAAUGGUUGUGUUGCCACCAAAGGAAAAAUGGAGCGGUGAGCAGGAGAUUGUCAUUGGCGGGGAAAUCAAAGUGCAGAGUAAUAUUUACGAAUGA